GACAUGGAGAAGAUAAACAGAAAAGUAGCACAGCAGCUUCUGACGUUAUGUGUGUCCGAACAUGGCCUAUGAGUCUUUAUAGAAAAUACUAAUUCUGCUAUAUGUUCAAGCUAAUGUCUAUUACAUUGAACGCCCAUCGAUAAGGAAACGGCUAAUGGUCGUGACAACAUGGACGGUGACCUGAGUCCACAGGAUAAGAAAGACUUGGACAAGUUCAUCAAGUUUUUUGCCUUAAAGACUGUUCAGGUGAUCGUUCAAGCUCGCCUGGGGGAGAAGAUCUGCACUCGCUCGUCUUCGUCACCCACUGGCUCAGACUGGUUUAAUUUGGCCAUCAAAGACAUCCCGGAGGUCACUCAUGAGGCCAAGAAGGCGCUGGCCGGCCAGCUUCCAGGCAUCGGCCGCUCCAUGUGUGUGGAGAUCUCCCUGAAGACCUCAGAGGGAGACUCCAUGGAGUUAGAGACUUGGUGCCUGGAGAUGAAUGAGAAGUGUGAUAAGGACAUUAAAGUGUCGUACACCGUCUAUAAUCGCCUGUCUGUCCUCCUAAAAUCUCUGCUGGCCAUCACCAGAGUGACUCCCGCCUAUAAGCUAUCCAGAAAGCAAGGCCACGACUACGUCAUAUUAUACAGGAUCUACUUUGGGGAAGUCCAGCUGGGUGGAUUAGGAGAAGGUUUCCAAACGGUGCGCGUCGGUGUUGUCGGCACCCCGGUCGGCACGGUAACGCUGUCAUGUGCCUACCGCACCAACCUGGCGUUCAUGUCCAGCAGGCAGUUUGAACGGUCGGCUCCCAUCAUGGGAAUCAUCGUGGAUCACUUUGUGGACGCGCCCUGCGGCAAUCAGCGUCCAAUCACAAUGGGGCAGCUCUGCAACUACAGACCCCCAGAUGAGGACGACGGCGGAGCGUUUGCUGGCGUUCAGGACUCGCAGGAGGUCUGUACCACCUCUUUCUCCACCUCCCCUCCCUCUCAGUGUGUCUGCACUCUGAGUCCAUCCCCUUCCAAACUGUCCAAACCCCUCCCGCUGGACAGUCUCCAGCUCCCAUUGGCUCCAGGACUUGUCACUCACAAUCUCUAUGCUUCCAGGUUAUCCUACCAGCCUGCACCUCCAGGAGGAGCUGCUGAGUUCAACACAAACCAGGUUAAAGAAGGAGGGAAUGUUCUGGUUCCGGCUCAGCCUCAGCCGCCUCAUGGAGCGGAUGUCCAUCUGACCAUAGAAAACGCUCCAAACACACCGAGCAGCAGUGGCGAUGAAGACGGGCUGCUGCAGAGCGGUGAGGGAAGAAGGGACGAUGGGAGGAGGAGCGUCUCUCCCUCUGACCCAGUGGAGUCCCUCAAUGCAUUCACAAGGAAGGUUGGGGCUUUUGUGAAUAAACCCAACACUCAGAUAACAGCUGCCAGUUUGGAUCUCCCAUUCGCUGCAUUUGCUCCUCGUGGCCUGGACUCUGAGGAGAACGAUCCCAUGGUGCGUCCUCCGGAUUCUCCUCCUUCCCAGUCGCCCCUGCAGGCCAGCCUUCACUCUCAGGGCUCGGACGGAUCGGGACCGCAGGACGACUUCGUCAUGGUUGACUUUCGUCCAGCUUUCUCUAAAGAUGACCUUUUGCCGAUGGAUCUGGGCACUUUCUAUCGAGAGUUUCAGAACCCUCCACAGCUGGCCAGCCUCUCGCUGCACACCAGCUCCCAGUCGAUGGCUGACGACCUGGACUCACUGCCGGAGAAACUGCGUGUCUAUGAGAAGAACAUUGACGAAUUUGACGCGUUUGUGGACAUGCUCCAGUAGGACGAAAGGGGGAAGUCAACCUGCGACUAAAAGCUGAAUUAAUCAGAAGAAGGGGGGAGCUCACUGUUUGUCUUGUGAGAAUUACUCAGAAUACAUCAUGUUUAAAGCUGUUUGUGUCUGAAAACUUCUUACCUGUUCACUUAGUCUGCUUCACUGUAAAUACUGCAAUAUCUGGUGACACUGGCUCCCUUACCAUCGCCUUCUGGUGGCUGCGAUCAAACCGACAGCUUUAAUUUAUGUGUUGCAUAAUUCUGCUCUUGUAGUCAAAUGAUCAUGGGGCAGCCAUGCAAAUCCAUGGACAGAUUCUGCUAGUGAUGCCCUCAUUAUAAAUCCUUUCUCCUUUCUUUUAACCUGUAAAUGUAAAAAAAAAAACAACAAAACAAAGAUUAACAUGUCUAAAAAGGGUAUCUUUUUUUCUUUUUUUUCCUGAAGGUUGCACAUAACCCUGAAUAGCAUUGUCUGUGUUUUUCUUAUAAAUGAAAAGACUCGUUUGUUGUGCGAAGCGUGGCGUUCCCAGCUGGUCUGGGGAUUUAAACCACCACUGUGAAUUGCACCAGAUGAUCCCAGACAACUUUAACAGUGAAGAAGCCGCAGUUUCUCUGUGAGCAGAGCCCACAUGUCAGAUGGAAAUAAACACUCAACAUCACAUAACCUCCCUGAAGCUCUGAUUGACCCCAGGCUGGUUGCAUUAGGACUAAAUUAAGAACCGUUCCAACACAUUAAUGUAUAUUGUGUGAAAUAUGUAAAAAAAAAAAAAAAAAAAAAGAAAGAAUACCCAGCUAGCCACAGCAUUCAUGGUCGAGUUGUUCGAAAGCUUUAAUUUAAAGCAUUCUGUUGAAGUAGAUGUCCUAAUAAAGCAUGGCUGCUCUGUU